GUUCUGGAAGAUGCACGCAAGCUGUGUGCGCAGGCAAAGCAGGCCGGUGCUGGUAACUACCUCGUCCACGUCUUUAAGGCGGAGUCCAGUGACAAGGCUAUUAAUGCGGCCCUUAAGGAGAUGGAGAAGGCGCUACCGGUGACUGCAGUCAUGGCUCUCUCCGUCGACAAGACCGCCAAUAAAGUCCUCUGCCUUUCUCAAGUUCCAAAGGUUUGUGGGCAAACUUUUUUACCGAGCUGUGCUGCUAACUCUCGCAUUAUGCGGCCCAACUGA